AUGGACCGCGUGCCGAGCGCGGACGACCUCAUGGCGACGUUUCUGUGGAACGCGCAGCGCGCGAGCGCGGGGACGCCGUCGAACGGGACGUCCGGCGCCGCGGCGCACGGCGCGCGCGGCGUGAACCGCACGCCGUCGCAGCACGAGAUGGAGAGUUAUUACAACGCCAUGAUGGCGAGCGCGGCGCACGGCGCGCACGCGGGAUUCGGGGCGUACGGGGCGCUGGAUGGAUCGAUCGCGCACGCGCGAGACGCCGCGGGGGGCGCGGGGAGCGCGCCGGGAAGUCGAGAGGGCACGCCGGGAAUCCCGCGGGUGGCGUCGAUCGACGUGCUGCGGAAGAUGAUCAUGAGCGGGGGGCUGGGGGGGGGCGGAGGACCGGGAGGAGCGUCGCCGGGGUCGGCGACGCCGACGACGGCGGCGGCGUUUUCGGCGUUCGCGAGCGGGGCGAAUUUGGACGCGCUCGGCGCGGCGGUGGCGAUGGAACAGAGCAAGGCCGACGAUGAGGGGAAGAAAACGACGACGACGAGGUCCGGGGCGAAGCGCUCGGGGAGGAAACCCGCGGCGAAGGCGCCGGCGGCGAAGAAGGCGAAGGCGCCGCCGGCGAAGAAGGCGGCGGCGGCGACGACGACGCGCGGAGGAAAAGCGGCGAAGGACGCCGUGGCGUCGCCAGCAAAGGCGGCGGCGAAGGCGCCCGCGGCGAAGGCGCCCGCGGCGAAGGCGAAGGCGGUGGCGGCGAAGAGCGAGCCGUUGUCUUCGGACUUGGAUCACGAUAGCGACGGCGACUCUCGCGAUGGCGACGGCAACGGCGACAUGCGACGCCGACGCCGAAUGUUGAGCAACAGAGAGAGCGCCAGGCGCAGUCGGCGACGCAAGAUUGAACACGUGGCCACGCUCGAAGGGCAAAUCGCUCAGUUGACGGCUGAGUUGACGGCGGCGUUGCAACACACGCAAGGCGUGGAGCAGCGCUACCAGGCGCUCGUGCGAGAAAACCACACCAUUCGCGCCGAGAAGGAUAGACUUUUACAACUUCUCCGCGAGGCCGGUCCUCCGGGAGGUGGGGUGACGACGCCCAAGACGGGUUCCGCCAUGGAGCGCAAAUCUAGUUUACAGCGAAUCUCGAGCAACGGAGACAUCAAGGGCGAGCUCGGCAAGGGGUCGCCGACCAUCGGUUUGGGCACGGGCUUCGUGCCGUUCCGAUCGUUACAGAGUUACGAAAACCUGCUCUUGCUCCAACAGAAGUCCGAGAAGCAGUGA